AUGUCUAAACGAUUUUCAGUGUUGAGUAAGCCUACGGAGGCAGAAGAACCGUCGUUCAAUCCAUAUGAUAAUGUCAAGAGAAUAUCGCAGAUUGAGAAGCAGAAGAAAGAAUUUAACCAACGAUACAACUCACCAAAAAUUAUCAUCAGGGAUGAUCCUGUGAUACCUGAUUAUCGUCUCGUAGACGGAUUUAAGAAGCACGCGAAUUAUAAUAUGAAAAUCGUAGUCGUGGGCGAUGGUGGUUGCGGUAAGACAUGCUUGCUUGUAUCAUACGUCCAACAGAAGUUUCCCGAGAUAUAUGUACCCACAGUGUUCGAAAAUUAUGUCGCUCAUAUUUCCACUCCGACUAAUAAGAUAAUAGAAUUGGCGCUUUGGGAUACAGCAGGACAGGAGGAAUACGACAGGUUGAGGCCGUUGUCGUACCCGGAUGUCGAUGUGUUGUUGAUUUGUUUUUCUUUGGAUAAUUUGACGUCUUUGCAAAAUGUCAAAGAUAACUGGUUCCCUGAGGUAUCGCACUUUUGUCCUGGAAUCCCAAUAGUAUUGGUUGGAACCAAGGCAGAUUUGCCAACUACUAUAGACCCCGAUUUACCCAUCCAAUUGGCCACAGAGAUCAAUGCCGUAGGGUAUAUCCAAUGUUCGGCCAAGACCAUGUUUAACAUCAAAGCUGUGUUUAACUUUGCAUUGGACCAUUUCCAGAAGCAAAUGGAGUACCACGAACAAGUAGAGAAAUCGCAAAAGAAUAGGUUAUCGAAAGCCUUUGGCCAUUCCAGAAGUCAAUCAGGGAACUCAUAUAAAAAGCACCACUACAAAAACUCAUCGUUGGACUCUGCCAUGUUAUUGGAUGGGCCUUUAACCGAAGAUAAUUUUACCGAAAACCCUUAUGGAAACUUUGGCAAUGAAAGCAAGUAUAAUGAAGAUGAAUUUGCAUUUACAAGGACGCUGAAAAAGAAAAAGAGAAAGUGCAUUAUUUUGUAA